AUGUUCUACUCUGAAGGCAAGGUUGUGCUCAGUGUCUUCUCGUCAGAAUUGUCUGUUUUAAGCCCCGCAGGCACAGAGAGGGAGACUGGCUGCUUUUUCAAAGCCUAAUAGAAAAUCCAGUUUAUGACUUUAAUUUCUCUGAAAGCAAUAGGUCCCUUUGCUAUCUGUUCCGUGCAAAUAGAUAUUACGGAUGCCCCAUCUUUUUCUAGUUAUGUCUCAAUUCUAUUUGUUUCUCCUAUGGAGAUCUUGAAAUGAUUUCAUGGCUGCUUGACAUGGUAAUUGAAUAACUGUGGCAUACACAGAGAAUGUUAUUCCAAUGAUUCAUAUUUUCCUAACGAGGUCUACAUUUCAAUGAGUAAUAACACAUUACAGUUGGUUGAUCUGUCUUUUCAGACUAACGGGGAGCAAAUCUUUUAUUUUGUCUAUUAGAGGAGAACAGGGUAUAUUAAGAGAAUGAUUUCCUCAGAUCUUAUGACGUACACUUUAAUUCUCGCUCUCACUGCUUUUCCAAAAUGUGCUUCUCUCUGUAUCCAUCUCUCCUCCUCCUCCUCCUCACAGUUAGGGAGGUCAGAGGAGUGAGACAGAGUGACUGAUUAGUAGCUGUCUACAAACAUAACAUUCUCCGGCUCGUCUUGGGUUACCUUUUCCCACGGCUGAAACACGAUAGACUGGUGGUUGCGCUCUACUGUGUUUUCAACGCCUGCACUUGGGAGAUUCCUUCAUCAGCCACUACCCCCUGUACCACACACACACACACACACACACACACACACACACACACACCCCUACUUUCCCUAGUACUUGAACUGCCAUUGCAGUGAGGUCAUUCCUUGGAGAACAAGGGAGUGGGGUUGAGAAUGAAUCCCCUAACAAGCAGAGAAUAUCUUAUAAAAACUCAACCACUUCCUCAAGAUGGAAAACACUUUGAUGAUAAAUCUUCCGUUCUUCACCAACAUUUGGGAUGUUGUUAUUCUAGAAUUCCUUUCUUUUAUUCUACCAUUUCUCUUCCAGAAUCCCGUUUCCUUGCCUUCUCUGCAGUGCAUCCCAUCAAAAUCUCAUCUCAAUUAUUCUGAUUCAUUUUAUUGUCCCCUCUUAUGUAGGCCUGUUCUCUCUCAGGGAGAUGGCUUUCAUUUAUUUGAACAGUUCUUGAUCUCAACUGUCUCGUCAACGUGCUGUGAGCCAUCCCAGUACGGGGUCCCUAAUCAAAACCCAGCCAGCUCUUCACAGGAAAGAGAGAACAUAACCGCUACCCUCAGCUCAGUUAGACCACCAGACACACACACACACUCAGCGCCAAAUGAUCUGGUGGAAAUUAUAAUAUAUAAUAAAAUAUAAUUCAACUAUAAUCAAUAGUCUUUGAUAUCAGUAUCAGAGGUUGGUCCUCCAAUCAACUAGGCUACGUUCCCAGCUGUCAAAUAAUCCGGUGUGGGUAGAAGUUAAAUGAUCAUUGAUUAUCAGUCAAAGUUUAAUCAGGUAUAGGCGAAGUUAAAAAGUAGGCCUCCCUCUAUGCAGACCUCAUUGCUGUGCCAUAGCCACGUUGCAGGCUAGGUUAUAUUGUCUAUUUUUCUGUGGCUCCAGAACUAGCAACAAAUUACAUAUUUUACAUUCUGACCUUGUCCUUGGCAUAGUCUGUCUCAUUGCAUCUAGCUAGUGUUCCAUGCAUGUGUGAGUCACGAUGGUCCGAGUGCAGUGGUAUGAAGUGGACAUUCUGCAUGUAUUUGGGUGAACGUCCCAUAUAAAAUAGCCUAAAUAUUUGAUGCACCAAGAAAUAAACAGUCACAGACACUACCAAAGUGGAGUAAAGCGAACGCUGGCCCUGCCAACACAGCACAAAAGAAUAGGCCUAGUCUUUUGAAAUCCCCAGUGCUCCUUCCUAACAGGGCAUUCAAUUCACCAAGUACAUACAAAUCCAUUUGAGAUUCACUGUACAAGUACAUCCCCCAAAAUAGUUUUAUUCAAAUGUGGUUUUGGGCUCAGUGUGUGAGUUGACACUGAGGCCUUUGUUUUCCCCUGAUUAGAUGUUCAGCAUCCCCGCUCUAACUAUGCACCCUCUGAGGCAGGAGAGGUUGUGGUGUGUGUGUGGUUUCCCUUGAACCUCCCAUGUAUAAAUCAAGCUAUUCUAAUCAAGCUAUUCUCUCUAGCAAAUGGUGCAGUCAUUGCCCAUCCUAUAGCAUAUAGCUGCUCCCAAAUUGUUGUUUCAGUACGUGUACGUGUGUGUGUCUGUUCCUGAAAGAGUGCGUUCACUAUCAUGUCCCCUGUCCUUUUGGAAUCCCCCAGGCCUGUCAGAGGCCAUCAGUAUGGAAUGCAACCUAUUGGAGUGAAGCUCAUCAGUGUAAAAAACCCUACCACACCUCAGCCCUGCCUUUGGCGUCGGCUAAUGGGAAUCCUAAUGAAAAAUACAAAUCAUUAUGUCUUUCAGCUAGAGCCAACCUCUACCACACCUCAACCCGGUAGAAUGUCUCUCAGCUAGAGCCAACCUCUACCACACCUCAACCCGGUAGAAUGUCUCUCAGCUAGAGCCAACCUCUACCACACCUCAACCCGGUAGAAUGUCUCUCAGCUAGAGCCAGCCUCUACCACACCUCAACCCGGUAGAAUGUCUCUCAGCUAGAGCCAACCUCUACCACACCUCAACCCGGUAGAAUGUCUCUCAGCUAGAGCCAACCUCUACCACACCUCAACCCGGUAGAAUGUCUCUCAGCUAGAGCCAGCCUCUACCACACCUCAACCCGGUAGAAUGUCUCUCAGCUAGAGCCAACCUCUACCACACCUCAACCCGGUAGAAUGUCUCUCAGCUAGAGCCAGCCUAGCCUGUGUUAUGCAGCGCCAUCAUCAACACUGAUAAGGAGAAUGACUGAAACUUCAAAACAUUUUGCCUUUUUAUCUAUAGGCUUAAUAAGUAGGGAACCUUCGGCUUCUUGCUCAUAAUUUACGUUUGCUCACGUGGAAAUGGCUGGUUCACGUGGAAAGGCAAGAUAACUAUAUCUGAAUUUGUUUUAUUCUUGUGAGGAGCCGUGCCGUGUGCUCAAAAAGAACUACAGUUGUUCAAAUCAUUUUCUGAAGUAAACAGUCAGUGCUUUCCUGCUGUGAGCCUCAAAAGCAUUCAAGUCAGCGUUUGUUUGCAAUACCAGUUAUUCAACAAAAACAAAAAUCUUUGUCUUUCCCUCUUCCCAAACUGAGGCGCUGCCUCGUCGUUCUCCUCAAGAGUACAGCUUGUCAAUGUUAAUGGCAGAGAUGACUUCACGUCCUCUGUCUUUGAGGAGGAGUAAUCUGGAGAGUGAGGCAGCAAUUACCAUUUACACUCUCUAGCCAGGUCUCAUCUUUCACCAAAUGCUAGGUUGCUGCAGGCAGGUUUUUUUUUAGUUUUGUGCCCUGUCAUUAUUUUCUUAAUAGAGGGGUGCAAGACGAAGGAACACACACACACACACACACACACACACACACACACACACACACAAGGGUGUAGUCUGUGGUGUCUGUCGCUCUAACAUCUCUUCUCUUUUCUCUCCUUUCCCCUCUUUUGUUUUGCAGAUGAAGAGAAAGUUGGACCAUGGCCCAGAGGUCCGAUCUUUCCCUUCAGGAAAAAAGCCCUGCAAAGGCUCAGAGUAUCCAAGGUAAAGACCCCCCCCCCCCCCCCUUCCCAGGUCCCUAUCCAUUUAUCCAGUAUCCAAGGUAGCGAACCAGCCCCCUGUUCCCACCUUCCUACCAGUUAUCCAAUAGAUUCAGCCUUCCUACUCUGUAGAUCAGCAAUGCAAAUGGUAAAGAAACCCUGAACCAUUUCUGUUGUAUCACAGACAGGAUCCAACAGGCAGCCCCAGUUGUCCCUAUAAGUCUGAAUAUUAUAUGGUUAUUCACACUAAGACACAUGAUCCUCAUAAGAAGUGCUCACCGCACCAUGUUCUUUGCCCAUUAAAGUGUACAUCAUGCCUUCCUGAGGAUCCUGACUAAGCACUGCUGCCUCACUCACUGGCAGCACUGUGCUUGUAAUUGCCACACGUUGGUCUAGCUCUCAAUCCCAUUAAAAGUAAAUCCAUUAUGAAACAGACCUCACUCUCUUACCCCAUACUCCUGUCGCUAAGCAGAAUGGUGUGAGGAACUGCUGAAUGGUGGGUUUGGCGUUUCGCUAGUACCGAAUGAGCGCACGCCUCGUGGCUGCUUUUUGAGAGGGGUUGACAUUGAACUUAAUUAUUUGGAACUAUGUGGCCUUUGAAGUCUCAGGGCGAGAGGUGCACAUUGAUAGAAAUCCCCCUAAAAUUCACAUUCCAGAAUUUAUCUGCCCAUCAAUAGUGGUUAUCUUUCCCCUAAAUCAAGUCUAGAAUUAGGGGAAAAUCUAUUUAAGUGAAUAAAAACAAGUUAGUAACCCAAACCAAAUUGAAUCAAGCUUGUGUACAGAAGCAUUUAGGUGAUUAUUGAUCAUGGAAACAUGGGAAUAAACAGCUGGUUUCAGUUCCAGAGAAACGCUCUAGAAGAGAGCAUGUUCAUAUAUAUUAAUGCACAGCGUACCGAAACAUUUUGCAACGGAAAAUGAAAUUGAACGUUUCUUAUUGGUCAAGUUCAGGUAGUACCUUCCCGUUUCGUGCCUAGUGAAUACGACAAUGGUUUCAGUUCAAUUCCAGAGAAACCGUUGCAUUGAGAAGAGAGCAGGGUGUAUUCACUAGGAACCAAACCGAACCAAACGAAAUCAAACCGGUAGGAACCUACCUGAAUUUGCCCAAUAGAUCACUCUGUUUUCGUUGCGAAACGUUUUGCUACAGUGUGCACUAAUGCUACAGUGUGCACUAAUGAAUACACCCCAGCUAUAGAAACCUAGUUAGUAGUCUCUUCUUGGCGGAGACCCAGGGCUGUUUCUCUCAUUAAUAUCUGUUGUUUGCCUCUCCCUCCACUCAGCUUUUGUAGUCUUUCUCACCACUAUUGUAAUUAGUGAGCGGAGGGGAAGAUAUCUGCAGAAGCUGCUACUGCUGCAGCACCUGCCUGCACUUUUCCCGCAUUUGAAACAACUAAUAAUGUCCUCAGUGUUCCUCGUUAUCAAUAUAACCCUUAUGCUUCUCCUCAGAAGAACGUGAUAAAUAGUUUUCUCAAGUAUUUUUCUUGUGAAAAUAUUAUUUUUCCUCACAUUCUCCCUCCCUCCUAUCUCUCCGUAUUUCUCUCCACAGUGCUACAGGGCUGGUCCCCUACCCAGCCACCCCCACCACGUUUGGGCACAUCAGGACAGCUAACGGUCAGGGGCAGCAGAGGCGGCGCAUCACCUCCAUCGCUCCUCCCACAGGUCUCGAGGAAUGGCUCCGGACGUUUCAGGUGAGUUAGUUCCCAGUUAGCUCCUCCAAUGUCCCAGUCACGUCCCCUCUCCCCCUCCUAGAGCUCGUUUCAGGUGAGUUUGCGCCUACCCCCUAGCUACCUGUUCCUAAUUGGCCUCUGCUACCUGAGGAGCGAUGGUUCUAACUAAAUAGUUAAGUAUGUUGUUCCUAGUUCCUCCCAACUCCUUUGUCACAUCCAUCCUCCCCCCUCCCCCUCCCUUGAGUGUCUAUCCUUCGAGCCAUCGAGCAAGAGCUCAUCAGAAAGCAGAUGUUGCGCCCAAUCAAUGUUUCCUCAAGUCUUGAAGAUAAUUGCUGCCUUGACGUUUUGGCCCUCACAUUACCAUACGCACUGUAGCAUGGGAUUGGAAUUAGCUUACCUGUUUAGACUACAGGCUCCAAUAUCGUAUUUGUGCAGCCAACGCCUGAUGUAUACUAUGUCAACAGUUGAACAGAUGUGAUCUUUGUUCAGGUAAUCCUUUCAAAGCCACCAGUAUUUUAGGCCAGUCAGCUUCUUAUGACAUAUUUGCGUAUGGCGAGUUCUAACGUCACAGCCAAUAGUCAAUAGAGGAAUCCUUUUGUCUUUCAGGUACUUCAUAUAGUGCCUCAUGUCAAAAGGAGUGUAUUAUAUAGGGAAUAGGGUGCCAUUUCAGCCACAGCCGUAAUGUUCCUUCUUUGAUUUGAGUUGAGGCAACUCCAUAAUGAUGACUAGAGCUCAAACAUCUGGGAUUUGUUUCCAGCGAUUUGUUAAUAUCAAAUUAAUUGUCAGUAAGCACCCCUUUCAUCCCAAAUGGAAACAAUUAAGAGUUUAUUUGACUUGGCAACCAGCUCGCUGGAGUGCUGCUGCCUUCUUUGCAAAUGUUUUUUUUACAACAGGCUUUGUGCCUGUAUUGACUUUGCCAGUCAUAAACGCCAAAUCUUUGGGGAAAUAAACAGGAAAGAAAUUAGAUCUUUUGCUCGGUCUUCAAAGCGUUCUCUGAAGAGAAUGGCUGCAUAACCGCAACAAAAUGUCAAGAACUCUUUUUAUUAGAAAAAUGGCAAUUAGGUAAUAACAUUCCAGUCGCCAAGAUCUUUCUGCUAAUAUUGCCCUGAUUUAACUUUCUUCACAUCUCUGUUUGGUGAAUAAACGAGUUUACUGGUAUUGUGAAACGUAAUCCCAUCCUGUACCGAUUUACAGCCACGGAAGCCAGACUGCAAAGUAGAGAUGCCAAGUUCAUUAACAAUUGGAGGUCUGUGAGUCUUACUUCAGGAUGUAAAGAUUCCGCAACUAUGUAGAACAAUGUUGCGUUCAAGGUCGGGCGUUUCCGCUCUGUUUACUUCUGCAACAACUACCUCUAGGAUCAGUACCUGCCUCUCCGGGACAUGGCACGGCAUCAAACAAUUCAACCAGACGUCCGUUGUCAAAUAUUGUAACAUUGCAUUUAUCGCUGAAUCGUUUCCCAAAAUCCACUAAUCCUGUGAAAUAGCUGUUCCAUGUGAGAACUCGCCCUCUGUGUGUGUGGGUUUUUGACAGAGAGCGAGCGAGGGUUGAGAGUGAGAAAGAGAGUGUGUGAGAGAGAGACUAUUGACGUAGUCCACCUGCUAUGGCCCCAUUUGCCUUUCAUCUGACAGCCCAUAUUAGACGCACCUAAACCCUCAAACAUGCAUUCACAUGCAUUCUGUACAUUCUCUUUCCAGUCCUGGCCUGCUCAGCCCCUUUGUGGAUCCUGUCAUGUGAGAGAUAAAGAGGAUUCAUUUAAUUAAAGAGGUUUUAAGAUGAGUGGAGCCAGAAAAUAAUGCUAUCCAAAUGUCAUAACACUGGAAAGAGACAUGGUGUUAUGUCGUCUGGUUGAAAACCAGGGUUGACUGACCCAUGCUUUGCAAGUAGUGCCGUCAUUCGGUGCAUUACGCUGCCAAGCAUAAGCAAGCUUUGUAGCUAGCGGUGUUUCUACCCAGAAAGCUCAUUCCCAGAGGCAUAACCAAUGGGUGUUAAGUCGCCUGCCAACCAGCGCUGAGUAACCACUCAGUAAUCCAACCCUUUGCCUUGGAUCGAGGAGGAUUGCUUUGAACCCUACCCCGAUUACCUUCCUACCUACCAGCACAGCCAGCUCCUCCGGCGGCGUCAGUCUAACUGCCAAAUUACAGAUGCUUUACAUGCCCAAUGCUUUCCAUCCCCCCCAUCCCUCCCUCCAUCCUUCUCUCUUCUAAUCACUGUGUUACAUUUGAGCGCUCUCCCAAAGGAAAACAACGUUGGCCCCAGCAUCUAGCCACUUGGUCUAGUUACGACUACAGCCCCAGCUAGCUAAGCUCCACAGUGAGGCUUUGAGCUUCAGGCUGUGAGCAGUGCUGAAUAUUCAGCCAGGAGGAAUCCCACAUGGAAAGAAGCUAGGUAAUAACAGUGCUGAUGAAGGCCAGGAGCUUGAUGUGAAAAUGGCCUUUUAAUGUGCCUGUUGCCCGCGUAGUUAAAGGAGAGGUGCCUCGGGCUAACUGGCUUCUGUUGAGGGAAUUUGUUAUCACUUACAUACACUACAUGACCAGAAGUAUGUGGACACCUGCUGGUCGAACAUUAAUAUGGAGUUUGUCCCCCCUUUGCUGCUAAAACAGCCUCCACUCUUGUGGGAAGGCUUUCCACUAGAUGUUGGAACAUUGCUGCGGGGACUUAAUAUAUACUUGCUUCCAUUCAGCCACGAGCAUUAGUGAGGUCGGCCACUGAUGUUGGGCGAUUAGGCCUGGCUCGCAGUCGGCGUUCCAAUUCAUCCCAAAGGUGUUGGAUGGGGAUUUUAUACACCGGUCAGCAACGGGUGUGGCUGAAAUAGCCGAAUCCACUAAUUUGAAGGGGUGUCCAUAUACUUUUGUAUAUAUAGUGUAUGCAUUGGCACACAAAUAUACACACUUCUACACAAAUGCAAAUUGGCUUCAAACACCUUUACAUUCCACCACACUUGCAGCAAGCACCCAUGUAUGCCAAUACAACGCAACACACACUAAAAACUACUUUUACAAUCAAGUACCAUCAACACAACCAACACAACCAACAGUCCCCUCCAUGUGCAUUACUCCUCUCCUGACCGGUCUCUCUUCCCCUCCCGUGUGUUCCACAGCUGGAGUACUGUACCAUCUAACCCUGCCCCCCCCCCCCCCCCCCCCUCCUGUGUGUUUCAGAGCUGGAGUGGCCCAGAGAAGCUGCUGGCGCUGGAUGAGUUGAUCGACCGCUGUGAGCCCACGCAGGUCAAACACAUGAUGCAGGUCAUUGAGCCGCAGUUCCAACGCGACUUUAUCUCCCUGCUGCCCAAAGAGGUGACAAUCCCUUUAUAGCUCUUUCUAAUCCCUUCCUCCUCCCUCUCGUUCUAAACCUUCUCUACCAACUCGCCUUUCUACCUCCUGGAGAAGUGAGAACCAAGCCUCUUUAACUCCCCCAACUGCACUCUCCCAUCUCCCCAUCCAUCCAUCCAUCCAUCCAUCCAUCCAUCCAUCCCUGUUGCCCAAAGCGGUGAGAACCGAAAGCUUCCUUAGCUACCUUCUUGUCCCCACUUAACUCAUUGGAAAUAGUCUUAAUGGCACCUUUUGGUGGGUGUGUCACCCUUCGCUCAAACUGAGAACUAAUAACACCAGGCCAAUGUGUCUCUGUUCAGGACUCUAUGGUCUCAGGGGAUCUGUCUUAAACAGCGUUCAGCCUCCUGUCACUCCUCAGAGACGUCCUGUGACUGUCUCUGUCUGGCGCCUGCCUCCUGUCUGUCAGGUGUGAGAGAGGUCUGGACGGAGAGGGGGGUAGACGGAGGGGAAGAGAGAAGGGCAAGGUGUGGAAUCGUCUGUAAUGGGAGGGGGAGGGGGGGAGUAAGUGAAGGGAGGUGUGUGGGAAGUAGUCUGUAAUGUUCCAUAAUGAUCUAAAUAGCCUCCCCUCAGCUUGCUCUAGUUGCCAAGCCCCUUCAGACUGUUUGUUUAGCAGUUGAAGCAUGAGGCAGCCUGUCCUGCUCCCGUUCACUGUUACCUUGUUUCUUCCCAUUUAGCUGUCUCUGAUUUGCUUCCCAUUUGUUCUCUCUCUCUCUCUCUCUCUCUUUGUCUCUGUCUCUGUCUCUCUCUCCACUCUCUCUCUCUCUCUCUCCACUCUCUCUCUCUCUCUCUCUCUCACCCUGGGGCAGUUCAGUGAUAUCCACAUAUAGAUGAGACUGAGACAUGACUCUGUAGUAACACGAAGACACCCUGUAGUACCUUGUUAUGUAACCAACUCAAUACACAAUCAGUUGUUCUGCUGUGCUGCAUCGAUGAAACACUUUCAAACGCUCUCGAUCGUCAAUAAUGGCUUGGGCAUUAGGUAUGUUUGAAUUGUAGAACAUUGGUAUUGAAUUGUAGAGAAUUUGUAUUUUGGGAGGUGUUGGGUUGGUGAACUAAACCCAGACAACCCACUCAACCACGGUAACGUUCUUACACAGUGAAAUAACGUUCUCUCCUCCUUUCUCUCUCCCCCUCCGUCCCUCCAUCCUUCCUCUCCUCCGUCAGUUGGCCCUGUACGUGCUGUCGUUCCUUGAGCCCAAGGACCUGCUGCAGGCCGCUCAGACGUGUCGUUACUGGAGGAUCCUGGCUGAAGACAACCUCCUCUGGAGGGAGAAGUGCCGGGAGGAGGGUCAGUCUAGACGCACUUAGCCAAUAGGAAUCACUGAAGCAGUUUAAAACCAUGAUUGACACUAGCAUUGGCCAAUAUGAUCAAUCUUGACCAAUGGUCAGACUAGAUUGAUAACGGCAUGAGCAAACGGUAGAUAUUCUGCUUUCUCACGCAGUCUCGGACUGACACUACCCCUCUCCUCUCAUCUCUUCACAAGCAGGCAUUGAUGAGCCUCUAUCCUUCAAGAAGAGGAAAAUCACCAAGCCAGGCUUCAGCCGCAGCCCCUGGAAAUGUGCCUACAUCAGGCAGCAUAGGAUAGAUACCAACUGGAGGAGAGGAGACCUCCGAUCACCCAAGGUAGACAUUUUGCCUUUGCUUAUUCUCAACAUUUUAUAUCACCUAGAUUAUUUUAUUUGCGUUCAUCAUUAGCACACAGUAUUUAUUUCUGCUGCAGUUUCUUCGUUUCAUAUUAGAUGGUUUCAUUAUGUUUUAAAACACUCCCUUGAAAUGGAUUUUAUAUAAAGAGGCUUUAAAUUAGAACAGGUGUCCAAGUCGAUAAGGCUCUUAUAUGUUGGGUUUUAUUGAAAGCCAUAGGUGGGUCUGUUCUCAAACUCUCCUAGAGAAGAUUUUGGUAAUGGCAUUUCUUAUAGAUAUGUCAUUUUUUAAUGGCAGUUCUUCUCUAGGGCACAACAUGACCUCAAUUCUACCUCUACAUCAAACUGCUGCUAAUGUUCUGAGCCCCAUCUGUUUCUUGCCCGUUUCGCCCUAUCUCCUGUUUUAAGAGUUUAAAUUGAGCUAGCAAGGGAGAGUGAUCUUCCUAAUAUGCCUCAUAUGGCUUAUUUUGCUAAUUUCAAAACGCCCACAGGUCCUUUAGUGACUGUAGAAGGAAUGGCUGAUGUAACCGUGGUUACCGCACUUGCUCUUCACACUCCCCUGUGUCCGUCUUUAACGUUCUCUGUUAUUCGCCUAUUCGGCAGUUCUGUGACCCUGUAUCUGUCAGCUGAGCUUACACACAAACAAACAAAGUAUUUUUGAACGGGGUUCUCCCUACACCUGCAAAGCGCCGUCGUGACAUUUACCUCAAGUCCCCUCAGUCUUUGUCUGGAGAAAUACAGCCUUGUCAUUGUUCCUGUUUGGUUCUUGACAUUUUCUCCCCUCCCUCCCUCCCUCCCUCCCUCCCUCCCUCCCUCCCUCCCUCCCUCUUCCCUUUCUCUCCCCUCCCUCCCUCCCCUCCCUCCCUCCCUCUUCCCUUUCUCUCCCCUCCCCCUCCCUCCCUCCCUCCCUCCCUCCCUCCCUCCCUCCCUCCCUCCCCUCCCUCCCUCUUCCCUUUCUCUCCCCUCCCUCCCUCCCUCCCUCCCUCCCUCCCUCCCUCCCUCCCUCCCUCCCUCCCUCCCUCUUCCCUUUCUCUCCCCUCCCUCCCUCCCUCCCUCCCUCCCUCCCUCCCUCCCUCCAUCCCUCCCUCCCUCCCUCUUCCCUUUCUCUCCCUCCCUCUUCCCUUUCUCUCCCUCCCUCUCAUCCCUAUCUCUCUCUCUCUAUCCUUCCCUCCCUCCUCUCAUCUCCUCUCCAUCCUCUCUAGGUGCUUAAGGGUCAUGACGACCAUGUCAUCACCUGCCUCCAGUUCUGCGGUAAUCGCAUCGUCAGCGGCUCUGAUGACAACUCGCUCAAGGUCUGGUCGGCUGUCACAGGAAAGGUAAGAGACAGUCACUCGUCCCUUGCUCUCCAACCCCCAUAUUCAAACUAGUCCAAACCUUUUUGACUACAGAUGUAGGAAAUCGCCAUUUUCUCAGUUGUAGACUGGUACGGUACUGGUAUGUAGAUUGGUAUGGUUCUGGAGAUAAUGAAUAGGAGGUUAAAAAGUGAUGAAGUGUCUCUUUUAAGCCUUAUUUUCAAGUCUCAUUGGUUGUUCCAUCUCAUCUCAGUGUUCUGUUGUAUGCGUACACAUAGUAAUGGAGGGUGAUUGCUCCAUCCUAUUCUGAAGGAACUCAUUACAGCUCAUGUGUUUUUCAUUUCCGUCUCAUUGAUCAGUAAUGAAGCAUGUUAGCAGGAAGUCAAUCCACAUGUUAUGGCAGUUCUUUAAAUUACUUAGCGUGUCUUCACUCAAUACCUCAGAUUCAUGAUCAAGGGUUUGUAUUGAUUUUUGCAUUUAAGGUUUAGUCAAUGUAUAGGCUACAGUAUACUGCAUACUGUAGAUUUGACACCAACGAUAGCUCUACCUCAGAUACCGCUUGAUGCCGAUUCACCCCCAAUAUCUCCCCGAGGCCCUGACAAGAUUGCAAUUGAUUAGUGACAUCAUUCAACAUUGGCACGUAGCACCACCUGUCCUGCAAUACUGCAGCAUAUUGUCUGGAAUCCAUUUUGUUCUCUCUUCCUCCUCUUGCGUUUAGGGUCUGUCCCAAAUGGCACCCUAUUCUCUAUGUAGUGCACUACUUUUGACCAGACACCUAUGGGCCCUGGUCAAAAGUAGUGCGCUACAUAGGGGAUAGGGUGCCAUUUGAGAUUCAGCCUUAGCCAUUUUGCAGAGAGCCAGUGAAAGGUCUGUGUCCUCAGACAGGCGAGGGAGGUGCUGUUAGUAUUCAUGGCUGGGACUGAUGCGAUGACACGGAUCUUGGAUUGCUGGUUUAUAUGGUCUGCUAAAAUGGGGGCGUUGGUGUGGGCCUCGCUGAGAGAGGGAGAGCAAGAGGAAUGGAGGUAGGGAGGCUCAGGGAGUAUUGUCAAUCACACCCCGUCGUCUCCCCUCUUCCCUGGUCUUCGCGGACUCCAUUUUCACUGGAGCUCUUAAUGAAAAUUCUCCUUUAGGACACAGCUCUCUCGCUUUUUGAAGUGCAAGGAGAACAGCUAAGGGAUGGAACAAAAAGGUUCAGAUGUUGUUCUAUCCUUGCAUACAAAAUUACAAAGACACUCUGAGUGUGUCAGUGGUGCCCAGGUGCAUGGAACACUGAAACACUGGAAAAACAAAGCUGCACCGUGUCUCAUAGCAGAAAAGCUUCCUCUCUUUGAUUGCAUUGGGCACUCAGCCAAGCGGUGAUUAUACAGUGUUGAUCUCUCACAGCGUUGUGCUGAUGUGAACAGAUCAGUACCAAGGUCAUCUGAUAGGGAAGCCAUGCGGAUUGUCUCUCUUCCCACCACCCCCAUUGGGGUAAUGUCCAUCCGGAUGACAUGUAACUCUCAGGUUAAUGCUGCAGUGACUCACUCACACCAUGCUGUGAAGACAGAGGUCAGAACAGGUGUGUGCGUGAUUAGUCAUCAUCACCCAGCAGGCUGGCCCGAGGCCUUUCUGUUCCCAUGUCCCACGAUGCACCUGGGCUGGAUCCACAAACACCGCCCCCACCCCUCCCUCCUGUCGUGUGGUUGGUUGCCUUUUAUGCCCCAACCAGCUGGUCCUGUGCCAGAUUUGUUCAUUUCGUUAUGACAGUCGAGGUCAGAGCUGUAGAAAGGUGAGCUGAUCCUAAAUCAGUUUGGAAGAAUGUAGAGACCACCUUCGCCUGGCCAGAUUAGUUAGUUUGCUCUUGAUGGUUGAGGUCAAGACUGAAGCAGUGUGAGCUGAUCCUAGAUCAGUUGUUAAAACCCCUGGUGGAUAGAUCUCAUCUUCGUUGCAAGCUGAGAAAAAUCUUCCAGAUGUCCUUUAUAUUCUCUCUCUCUCUCUCUCUCUCUAAAUUAUUCUCUCUCUCUAAAUUAUUCUCUCUGCAGUAGUUAGUCUCUCCAUUGGAUGCCUGCCCUUAUAUUCACCAUCAAUCAUCUCUCGCCAUGACAAGCCAGGCUUGUUUUGACCUGACCCCUGGAUGCCCCCGGCCAGGGAAUAGUCCAGUGCUGCUACUGCAUUCUUCUUCCUGAUCCUGCUUCUGUUUCCACAGCAAAUAGCCAAAAUGGCUGCCAGACAGGACUGUAGCUUCUCUCUUUUUCUCUCUCCUCUUUCUCUUUCUGUCUUUCUUUACAGAGUGUCUGACCUUUGGUUGUGGGUGUUCAUAUUUGUUCGGGCCAGCAUGCGUGUGUGUGUGUUCGUGUGUGUGUGUUCGUGUGUUUGCGUGUGUGUGUGUGUGUUUGUGUGUUUGCAUGUGUGUGUGUGUGUGCGUGUGUGUGUGUGUGCGUGUGUGCGUGUGUGUGUGUGUUCGUGUGUGUGUGUGUGUUUGUGUGUGUGUUUGUGUGUGUGUUUGUGUGUGUGUUUGUGUGUGUGUUCGUGUGUUUGCGUGUGUGUGUGUGUGUGUUCGUGUGUUUGCGUGCGUGUGUGUGUGUGUUUGCGUGUGUGUGUGUUCGUGUGUUUGCGUGCGUGUGUGUGUGUUUGCGUGUGCGUGCGCGUGUGUGUGUGUGUUCGUGUGUUUGUGUGUGUGUUCGCUCGUGUGUUUCCUCUCCUUCUAUCUUGGCGUUCCACUCCAAGUCCCAGCUUAAGUGGUGUAAACCUCCAGCCUCACAAGAGCUCAGGGAAGCCUAUUCCCACCCAGCUUUCAGCAGCUAACACCCAGACUAAGGACUUCUUCACCACUGGAUCGAUAGGAGAUAGAGAGAAACCCACGUUUGAAAAUUGACCUUGAAAGACAUGCAUUACAGUCUCCAAAUAAGUUUUCGCUCUGAAGUAUUUUUUCUUUUCUUUUUUUACUGGGAUAUUACAGAGAGAAAAUGUUGACUCCCUCUUUAGACUAGCCUUCAUGUCCGUCUGAAGCCUCUAUCUCCAGUCUCCACACAUCUCCUAUUUACUGUAUUUUUUAGUUCUGUUGUCCUUCAUCUGCGGCCCACAAGGUUUCGGUCGGACGCUCUCUCUGUUUGGUUUGGGGACGUUUUUACUUUGAAAAAGAUAAGCUGGCACAGACAGGAAUGUCACAACCGGAGUGCUUUGAAUUCCUCCGUCCCAAACAGAAUGUGCUAUCUGAAUAUGGCUUCAUCAUCCCAGCAACUGGAUUCAGUGAUUAGACCAAGCAUGUGUCCAAAUAUAGAUAUUAGGUAUAUAGUUCACUACUUUUGACCAGGGCCCAUAGCAGCGAGGGUUCUGUCCCUGACCGGUAGAGACGGAGUAGUCAAGUGAAUAAAAUGUUAUUCUAAACAUGUUCUAAUGUACAGAACAAACUCAGUGUAAAGCUUAAUGUUUAUAACUAAUGUUAUGAACCUCUAUCCCUUUUAUGGCAUGUUCAGUCCCCGAGUUGCAUUUUUCAAAUAGCACCUGGCAUUGAUACGUCACUUGGAACAAAAUGGAACAAGACACGUGUUUGGUGUUGUAAUGUCUCCAUAGAUUUUCCCUGUUAGGCAUGGCUCUCAUGUACAACGUAUCCCUUCCAACAACAUUUACCAUUUCAUUUCCAUCAUACGUCAUAUCAGAAUUUCUUCAGAUCAGAUAAUGGCUCUUCCACUGUAGUGGAAUUUAGCCUUUCAUGUCGCCAAUGAAAGAUUCCAUCAUUAUCUAAGACUAGGAUUGGUAUUCUUGUCCAUUAGAUACCAGAGGGUUUUCUCUCUCACUCUGUCAGUACUAUGAUACAGUAUGGGAGUGAAUCAAGACACCCCGCUGUGAGCAAUCAAGACAUGAUUGCACCAGCAGAUUACUCUACAAACGCUUUCUUGACUUAUCUCCUUGACAGACUGGUCUGCAUCCCAAAUGAAACUCUAUGCUCUUUUAUAGUGCACUGCUUUUGACCAGGGCCCAAAGGGUAUAGGGUGCCAUUUGGGAAGCAACAACCUGGAUUUCCGCAUUGCUCAGCGGUUAAGUAAGAUAACAGGAAGAAAUUGGAGUCCUGUUAAAACCGUUGCUUUGAGACUGAAGAAGAGGAGGCUAGAAACCAGAAUGCCGUGAAAUGAUGGUCUGGGCUUAGAGGGAGAGCAUCUUCGGUUUGGCUUCGUUGUUGAGGCGAAUUUUUUUACAUAUUUGCAUUUAGCUUGCAACAGCCCCAGACUUUAAAUUGACCGUAAGUUUUCCUCAGAGUCUGUGUGUCUUCAGUAGCCUAGCGACCAGAUGUGUCGUGGAAUAUGGUGCUGGCUGCUGAGUCCAUCCAUCUGAGGCAUGCACCUUUGUCUUUGCUGUCCUUCGCUUUCAAUGAGAGCUGUCAUGGUUCGAUCUACACACACAGUACACGCGCCCUCUGUGGUGAGGCACCCAGUGCUUCAAAAGGCUGGCUGUCUGCGCACUAGAGCAGUGAAAGUCCUUGUGCCCGUCAACAAACAACUCAGCUGCCUGUCACACACACACACACUCCGCUGCCUGUCAGGCUGAUCUAAAAUGGUAGACAGACAGACAGCCUGGCAGCCAGGCAGAUUCCCACUAUCACAGAGAGGAAAGGCAUCUUCUGUUAUGCCAGAUGCUACACACACACACACACACUCUCACUCGCAAGCUGUGUACACACACACACACACUCACUUGCUAGCUGUGUAUUCCUGGUUCACCUUCACCUCCGUUAAUAACAUGGGAAGCUCCAGACAUUUCAGAUUACUUAUUGAGUGAAUGCCCCAUAAUGAGGACAUUGAUCUCAUUGUAUAUGAGAACGGAAUGUAUUGAGGAACUAAAGCAACACAUUUUAUGUUUAUUUGAUUGAAAUCUGAAUUGAUUGUUCAGGUUGGGUCAUUUCUCAUCUUUGUAGACAGUAUGUUUUGACGAUGUUAUUAUGUUCACACUAAUCGGCGUAUCCGGACCUGGCAAGUCACCACUAGCUAGGUGUGGAAUCACAGCUGAGAGCGUGACUAACAUGGAUCAACACCAGGUCUCUGUGUGUGAGUGAGUGACACAUGGUUAAUCACCGGGUCUGUGUUGACCGUCAAACUUCUGUGAGGCUGUUUCGUCAAAUCAGAAGACCCAGGAAUGCAUGCAGAAGUCUUACCACGGUUUGGUUUACACCCUUCUCCUGUGUGUCACGAGCCCAUUUGCACAGUGCUGGGAAAACCCUUGUUCUCUCGCUUUAUUCACUAUAUCUCUCCCUCGUUGUCCUUGAAAGGCCCUCUCUCUUUUUCACGUUUUCCCUCCCUCUACUGCUCCCUCCCCUCCCUCCCUCUACUGCUCCCUCCCCUCCCUCCCUCUACUGCUCCAUCCCUCCCCUCCCCUCCCCUCCCCUCCCUCCCUCCCUCCAGCUCUCUGUACCUCUGAGUCAUAAUGAGAUCUUGGGUAACCACCAGGUCUGUUCAAAUGCAGGCGGCAGUAAGAAAAACACCUCUACACAAACAUUCCUCUCCAACAUAUAGGCUCCAUACAUCUGAUAUCUGCUGGACUGUGAGCUCUGUCUGAUAAACACAAUAAAUCCUGCAGUCGGGCCGAGUCUGAGUUUUCCCGUUAAUGAUGUCUAGCCUAGGCUAAGUGGCCAUCUUGUUAUUUUGCACUGUGCAGCUUCCUCGUAGCCUUGUAAUGGCCCCUGUUUGUUUAUCACCCGGGGCUAGCUGGCUAGCUUUUUACCCUCAGUUAGCAUCACCUGUCUGUUGGCAUCCUCCCUUAGUCAGUCAGGCGACCUGGUUUUGUCAGUUUGUUUUGUUUUCUGAGGAAGUACUGGAAAUUAUGCAUUCUGGGAAAGGUGAUUAUUUGACCCUUUUUUUCGGGAUCCUGCUCAUCCCUCUUGGGUUGGCAGAUGGAACUGGCCUAGAGCCAGGCAUUAUGGGAAGGUCCAUGGUCUCCGGGAUCUUUGGGACGGCCCUACCUCAUUGAAGUUGACAUUUUAAAUGUUUAAGUUAAGGGCUAAGAUUAAGUUUAGGUAAGGCUUAUGGUUAGGGUAUGGUUUAGGGUAGGGAUGUCCCAAGGAUACCCAAAUAGCACUGACCAUUAUGGGAAGGAGACAACUGUCACCAGUCGCAGUAGAAGAACAAAACGGUCUCCCCAAUUGAAAGAUAACUGUGGGGAGAAGCCAUACAGGGUACUUUUCCAACAUUUUAACACCAAGGAUCAAAGGAUUCAGGAAGGAAGUGUAAUGCAAAAAUAGAGCACUUGAUCAAACCUUGGUGUCUUCAAACCAGCCCCUAACAGGCCCUCGAGGAGAAUACCUAAUCUUCCUCUGAGACGCAGAGAGCUGCGUCUUUCAUAUUUGUUCCACUCAGGCAGCCUCUUCAUUUUCAGGGCUCCUUCUCUCCAUGACUCUGAGUAGGCUGUAAUCACCAGAGAGCAGCAGAGAAAGCUUCCACAUUCUUGGAACCCGAAUGUCAGAACCCUGGGCUUGUUUUGCCUGGGACUCCAUCACCCUGGUAACACAGACUUGCUGUGUGUGGAGUACUUUGACUCAGUACUGUGUUUUGAUAUGAUGCAGUCAAAAAUAUGUAUACAUAUAAUAUUAAUCUCAUUCAAUGCAUUCAUGGCCGUGACCUGGUGCUAUGUUGACAAUUGACUGAACAACAUGCCAAAAAACUCAACUGUAUUUUCCCCAUUUAUUUAUUUGACCAUUUACUGUAGUUGACAGUCAUUGUUAGUUGGUGACCAACUCGCUCAGUCGUAGCAGAAGCUUUCAUCUCAUUAUAUCCUGCUGGAACCAGUACUAAUUGCCUCCCCUACUCCUCUUCCCACAAUAUAACUGUCAUGAAGCUGAGUGAAUGGAGGACUGACUGCAGUUAAAGAUGGAUAAAAUAAGGAACUUGUGACAUUGGAGAGAAAAAGUUAUGUCCCAAAGUUAAUGAAGCAUCCCUGUUUAUCAUAGGAGAGCGAGAGAGAUUGAUGAAGAGAAUAACUGAGAUGACGGGAGAGGGAGAGUGAAAGAGAGAGAGAGAGACUGCAGUUACACCCUACUCAAUCACUCACUCACCGCAAUAAAACCCCUGCCCCCGCUUUGCCUUGAUACUCGCUGGCCACUCACCACUUUAUCAGCUUCAGUCAGGAGGUCAAAUGUUUUACACCCUCCGCGACACGUCCCGGCACGGAUCAUAACGCAGCCGGAACAGACUGGUUCCUCCGGUUUACCAUCCCAUCCCGCCAUCCCAAAAAAUCUAAUUAAAUUCGAGGGAUAAUUACAUUUAGGGGAAUAAUAGCUAUGGAGGCCGUCACAAAUUGAAUAGAAUAGAUUGGAAAGAUUUCUAUAAUCGCUGUACUCUAAUCAAUAGCUAAUCUAGCUGUGCAAAUUAGGAAGAAUGGGUCCCUUUUUUUUUAUGGACGCUUUGUCGCCACCUGUACUCCAGACCUGGGUUCAAAUACUAUUCGAAAUCUUUCAAAUACUUAAAGCGGUUGCUCGAGUCAGCCUGGAGUGUCAGAUGGGCGGGUUUUGCACUUUUCCGGCAAUUGUGUUGGUUACAUUGCACCAGGCAAGCUCAAUAAAGCCCAGAUAAAGUAUCUGAAAUGAUUUCAAAUAGUAUUUGAAUCCCAGGCCUGUCAUCUUCUUGAAACAACAGAAGAAAAUGGCUCCUAAUUCAACUGUAGAUAAGUAUAAAGCAAUUCCAUAAGACUGAGGAAAGGUCAAAAUGAUACAUUUUAUCCCCCCUGUGCUGCAGUUACAUAUGGAUUAACUUGACUAGAGGUUUUUAAGAAAGGUCAGAUCAAUUUAAAUUCACUCUGUUGUCCCUUCUGAAUGGAAGGUGAACUCGGCCUGAUAUCCUGUGUUUAACUGGACUUUCAUCAAAUCAUCUGAUGGUCAAUCUCAAACUUGAGUAAAAUUAUUUUCUUAAAUUUCUUCAAAACUCUAACGAUAUACAUGGACUGAGGUGAUGUUUUGGACUUAUAAAAAGAGCAAAGUAUGUCAAACUUGUUUGAAAUUGAUUUAUAUAAUGACAUGUUAAGGGGGGAAACGCACCAUGUCCACCACCAAUGUGUAGCACCCAUCUAUAUGAAUAUCUCAUAGUAUGGAGUAUGCAUAAUGAGCUGUGUUUUCUGUUUGUCAUUGUGAAGUAUCUAGACUGAGGUAUCUUCUCUCUCUUGUCUCUCUGCAGUGUCUGAGGACAUUGGUGGGCCACACGGGGGGCGUGUGGUCGUCCCAGAUGAGGGACAACAUCAUCAUCAGCGGCUCCACCGACCGGACGCUCAAGGUCUGGAACGCAGAGACGGGAGAAUGUAUCCACACCCUGUACGGGCAUACCUCAACGGUGCGCUGUAUGCACCUGCACGAGAAAAGGUAUGUACUUAGUGACUGUUUACCAAACAGGUUCUUAUCUUUCAAAUGGACCAGUAGUUGUCCUAUUCAAGUUGAGAAACAUACUGUAUUCUAUUCCUGGUAACAAAAGCCCAUGUAUUAUCGAGACAACCAUACUGUACCAAGGCAAUAAAAAACACAUCGGUGGAACACCACAACAUGAAAAUGUGCCUCAUGAAGUGUACUUAGGGUCUCAUAGUGACUGAAUAGAAUCAAAGUGGCCGUCUAAGUGAGCCGCCUGUCACUCCUCUCUAGUGCUCUUUCUGCCUCGAGGCCGAUGACAUUUUGUGUAACAUUUGAUUACUCACUCAGCGGAAGUGAAGGGCCUCUGGCGGCUACAGGGCUUGACAGUGGAAGAACGGUGAUUUCCAUCUUUGUCAGUACUGAUUGACGGAAGCCAUUUUGUAACUUAUGGAGUACGCAUUCCAAUGCUUUAUGAACCAGUUUUUCCGCCUCUCUCCGUGCCGGAGGGUUUGCAGGUUAUGUACGAACAUGACUAUGGCGACACUCAAAGGUGUUCUUUGUGUCUUUGCUGUUCUGCUUUCAUCAACUGUCGUUAUGGGAAUGAGGGCUUAGAGGUCAACCUAUUGAAUUUACUAUUUUUGCGAGAUCAGUAACAUGAGGGAUACGUGUCUUCAAGGCCCAUGGCAAAAACACCAUUACGUUUGUCAAGAUUCCCAUCAAAGCUGUCACACCAACUGGGUCGUAAACAUUGUCAAUCGAAAAGCAAUUGCCUUGAUGUUUUGUUCAAGACCUAUAUGAAUCCAAUCUAACCAAUAGAUUUGAGCCGUUAACACUCAGUCUGUGUUCUCUUGUCCACCUAUAACUGAAGCUAUAGUGGACAGACAUUGAGCCAGCCAGCUAGCUAGCUUUAGAUUUGAUAAAGUCCUGUGAGAAUAGACUAGUGUUUCAAUGUUAAUGUCUCUUCAAUCCGUCUCAUCUUUCCUCUCCCAGGGUGGUGAGUGGUUCUCGUGACGCCACGCUGCGUGUGUGGGACAUCGAGACGGGCCAGUGUUUACACGUCCUCAUGGGCCACGUGGCGGCGGUUCGCUGCGUCCAGUAUGACGGCCGCAGGGUGGUCAGCGGGGCCUACGACUUCAUGGUCAAGGUCUGGGACCCCGAGACUGAGACCUGCCUCCACACGCUGCAGGGCCACACCAACAGAGUCUACUCACUACAGGUAGGGGUCUAUGCACACGGGCUGUCUCAUACCCACACAGUCAUAUUUAUACACUCUCACUAACACUCCUACACACCACAGAGUCUAUAAUUGCAUUAACAUCUAAAGAUUUGUAUAGUGACUUCAUAGUUCUAUUGGGCUUUAAACCACGUAUUUAAACUGUAUAUUUGAAUUGUGCAAAAUCAACCCCUUCUCAUCAAAGAGCACCCCGCCCCAACUAUUUUUACAUUCCUUUUAUGUCCUGCUAUUUGGAAGCCCUCUAGGAAUAAAACACGAAACGAAUCAAUUUAACACGCCUCAAAUCAAAUCCCUUUAUAUAUCCACUGUACAGUUAGGUGUAAAUGAUAAUAACAGUGUACAGCAGGGUCUCAUCUGGUUCAUACAGAGUCUAACGCUUCCAUAAAACAAGAAAGAUAGACCUCGGAGGACUUAGAGAACCGAAAGCCCUUUUAAAACAGUGUUGGCAGUUGGUGCGUUGAACCGCCAUUCCACAAUAUGAUAAGGUGGUUGCCAUGUGAACCAAACUGUCUGGAAAAGAGCCACAACAAAAUAGUCCCUCUGUGUGUUGUAUCCAAGGCAGCAGAGCAGCAGAACGAUGAGUUUUUCUCAACUCCUUUUCUUUCUACGUUGCAGUAACGUUAUAUAAACAGACAAUUGGUGUGAGUCAGGGUCAUACACACACACACACACACACACACACACACACACACAGAAGUAGUAGUGUUAAAAGGUUAAUGGAUUCCUCUGCCUCGUGUCCUCGAAGAUGUCCCCUCCCUUCACGUCGCUCUCUAAUAAUACAUCAAUAAUAUGCCAUUUUAGUAUGGGGGGUCCCGGGGAUCGAACCCACUACCCUGGCGUUACAAGCGCCAUGCUCUACCAAUUGAGCUACAGAGGACAUCUCUCUGUGAUGACAGAGCAGUUUAGAGCCACAGCCAUCACCUUCAGAGAGAGAGGCUGCAUCCCAAAUGGCACCCUAGUCCCUUUGUAGUGCACUGCUUUGGACCAGGGUCAAAAGUAGUUCAUCUAUAUAGGGAAUAGGGUACCAUUUGGGACCUAUCCACAGCGAGAGAGAGAGAGAUAGAGAACGGUUUACUGUUCAGAUGGAAAGAUGCCCUCCCCUCUAUCCACUAUAUGUGACGCUGACUUUGAAAAAGCUGUACAAAUCAAUACAAUUUAUUAGAUCUAAUGAAUUCGUGUGAUAUUAUAUGAAUACUAAUGAACUGAUUUCAUUAUAUCUAAUAGAAUAUUAUCUAGAAAAGCCUUAUUUGACUCUGUUUCAAUUGGAUUCAAUGGAUUCAUUCCUAUGUAGAUUCAUUAUUUUAUACUAAAUGUUAUUGUAAUAUAUAACUGGAUCCUCCUUUUUCCUCCGUCGUUCGGUUUGCUCUUUGGGCUCUAUCCCAGGGUACUCCAAAGCCUCUCUGAUAACUGCUGAUGUAAAAAGGGCUUUAUGAGUGCAUUUGAUUGAUUGAUUCCAAACCAUACUAGAAUAGAAAUGACUGGAAUCCUAUGGUGUCAAACUGAAUUUGUCGUAACAUGACUGGAUCGUCCUUCCACCCCUCCAGUUUGAUGGGAUCCACGUGGUGAGUGGUAGCCUGGACACGUCUAUCCGGGUGUGGGAUGUGGAGACGGGUAACUGCAUCCACACUCUGACAGGUCAUCAGUCCCUCACCAGUGGCAUGGAGCUCAAAGACAACAUCCUGGUCUCGGGCAAUGCCGACUCCACCGUCAAGAUCUGGGACAUCAAGACGGGACAGUGCCUGCAGACGUUGCAAGGUGAGUCUUAGUCCUUCCCACAGACAGGCACACAUAGUGCCUGCAGACGUUGCAAGGCGAGUCUGUCGCUGGGUCGUUGGAACAGGGUUGUAUUCAUUAAGGAACACUGAAGUAAAACGCUUUGCAACGGAAUGCGAAAACAGAUGUUGCUCAUUGGACAAGUUCAGGUAGUCCCUCCCUGUUUCAGCCCAUUUUCUUUUGUUCGGUGGCUUGUAAAACAACCAUGUCUGAUUGCACUUUCUUGACUCUCAAAACAGCUUUACGUAGUAUGGGGAGAAACUCCCUUCAACCACCACCAUCUACCACAGACAACUCUGCUACCUCCUUUUAUCUGUAAGGAAAAUGUCUGGAAUUGGCCAAUUUUGGACCCCAGUGAAAGGCUGUUGCUCAGAGAUAUUCACUCAAUGAUGUGCUUGGCUGUGCAUGGCCAAACGGAGCCAACACAUUGUGGGCCAGCCAGCCACUCUCCAGAUAGGGAUCAUUUCCCUGGCUCUGGAUGUUUGUGGAACAGUUCCCUCUCAGCCAUUACCACUAAGUACUGUUACCUUGAAUGGGGAGAAAUGGAGAAUUCCUUACUGAGCAUCUGCACUGUUUCUCCCCAAAUGGCCUUAUUAGUGAACUACAAACCCAACUAUUCCCAUGGAACUACAACUCACACGUGCCCCCUCCCCUUGGAACAAAGGGAAUAGAUAUGGCCCUGUUUUAGGAUGAGAGAGAAGAGGGGAGGAUGUGAGAGGAGGGAUGAUGAAAGGAUAGAAGGGUGGAUGGGGGUGAUACACUGCAUAUGGAUGAGAGAGGAGGAGGGGGAGGAGGGGGGAGGGGGAUGAUGAAAGGGGGAUGGGGUCCUGUCUUGUUGGGGAGCCUGGCCUGUGAGGGACAUGACAAGGGGGCGUGACACUCUGCAAAGGGGGCAUGGUGGGGGUGCAGGGAUUAUGUAGGUCAUGUAAUUGGGUCAAUGCGCAAUUUCUGCCAUUCAUUCAUUAGGGCAUUUAGAUAAGACAAUAGCCUAACAACAGGCAACUCACAGGCAGCCACAGAUGAGGUACUUAAACUGAGAGGAUAGGUAACGAUGUAGCCAGCUGCUUUGUUGUGGAAAUGAUAUGGGUGGGGGAGAGGGAGAGAGAGAUGUGGGGGUUUGGCUGGGUACAUUGUCAAAUCUUUGUGAGAAAGGCACAGUGCAAAAUGCCCAGCCCUUUGAACCCGCUAGAGACAGACGAAGGGAGAGGAUAGGGGUUUACACUGCUGGCUGGCACUGGAGCUCUGUUCAGAUGAGAUAUUUGUUGUUAGUUGUAAAUGAUUUUCCAUUGGUAGGCUAAUGAACACAAUUCCUAGUGUACUUCAUACAAUGAAUCAUUUUGAAUUGAUAAUGAGCACAUUUCAAUGUAUUGUGUAGUUAUCAUAUUUGACAUUUCAUCCUAAUUAGUAUUCACUAGUUAGAGUUUUGUGGAAUAACUGCUAGAAGGUAUUUAAUGUUGCCAGUCACAUCUUUGAAACUGUGAUUCUGUGUUUGUUUUAAUAGUGUAAAUAGAUCCAAUGUGGGGUUUUAUCUCCAUAUCCUUAGGGAAUAUUAGUCAUUCCCACAGACAAACACACAUACAGGAGCAUCUCGUCAAAAGAGGAGGCAACAGCCGCAGACACCACAAUCUGCACACCGAAUGGGUGUUGCUGCCAGCUGCCACACUCACCACACACACACACACACCGCUACAGUGCCAGUCAGCAGCAGAGCCAAUCAGCAGCUGUAGAUGGUGACAGCUCUAAGCCCUGGGACUUCUCUCCUCUACUACCCCAGGCUUUUCCAUGGCAGACGAGGCCAGGCCAAGGCAGGGUGUCUUAUUCCCCUGCCUUAACACACUCCAGAAAUAAGCAGUAUAGUGUUUUACCAUCUCUAUUAUGGCUAGUUUUCUGCCCAGUUUCAGAGCCAGGUUUUGGCUGUGUGUCUUUACGUUACUGUAUGGCAACAGUUCACGUCACAGACGGUGGGCUGUGGAGGUCUUCAACCAAUGAUCUCACAACCGUGUCAGAUUCUUUCGAUCAAGCCUUUUCUCUUGAUUGUUUUCCUUUUUUCCCCCUCACUCGUUGAAUCCAUCUUUCUGCCUCUCUCUACGUUCUUAAAGGGAUAUUACGGGAUUUUGGCAACAAGGCCCUUUAUCUACUUCCCCAGAGUCGGAUGAACUCGUGGAUACCAUUUUUAUGUCUCUGUGUCCAAUAUGAAGGAAGUUAGAGGUAGUUUCGCGACCCAGUGGUAACUAGUGUUAGCGCAAUUGAUGGAAGUCUAUGGGUAUAUGCUAGCUGAUACCCAUAGACUUCCUAAUCGCGCUAAAGCUAGUUAGCAACUUCCUUCAGAGACAUGAACAUGGUAUCCAUGAGUUCAUCUCUCUGGGGAAGUAGAUAUUGCCCAAAUCCCGAAGUAUCCCUUUAAAGGUGAAAAUGGAAACAAGCUAUUUAUCUCUUUCACACAUUCACUCACUCUUCUCCUCCUCUUUCUCUCUCCCCCUCUCCACCACCAGGUCCCCACAAGCACCAGAGCGCCGUGACGUGCCUGCAGUUCAACAAGAACUUUGUCAUCACCAGCUCGGACGACGGCACGGUGAAGCUGUGGGACCUGAAGACGGGCGAGUUCAUUCGUAACCUGGUGACCCUGGAGAGCGGCGGCAGCGGUGGGGUGGUGUGGCGUAUCCGGGCCUCCAACACCAAGCUGGUGUGUGCCGUGGGAAGCCGCAACGGCACCGAAGAGACAAAACUACUGGUGCUAGACUUUGACGUGGACAUGAAGUGAGAGGAGAGGAGGGGAAAUGGUCGAGAGAGGGGAAAGUGAGGAGAGGGG